AUGCAUCUGCCAACAGUCAUUUCUCUCCUCCUCACCGCCGCCCUGCCAGUGGCGGCACGCAACGUGGUCGGCGCAUCUUCUUAUGGCCUCGCCGCCAGGGCCGAGCAGGCCGAGCAACAACUUGUCCGCCGUCAGGACCCUGCUGCGCCCGGUGCGCCCGGUGCGCCUCCCGCUCCCCCGGCCGAGGGUGGCCGAGGCAAGGGAAAGGGGGCUGAAGGCAAAGGCAAAGGUGGUGAGGGUAAAGGAAAGAGGGGCCAGGGUAAGGGCAAGGGAGGCCAGGAGGGAGCCCCACGACCAGGUCAGCAGGGAGAAAGGGGGGCAGAGGAGCUAGGCCCGCUUGGAACCCAACGUGCAGGCCAGCCGGUAGCUCCUCGCCCAGGUCAGCAGGGAGGCCAGCGAGGAGGACAGAGGGGAGGUCAGGGAAAGGGAAAGGGAGCCCAGGGUAAGGGCAAGGCGGGUCAACAGGGAGGUCAGCGCGCUGGUCAAAAGGGCGAUGAGGAGGGUGAGGAGCUACAAAGCCAGCGGGGAGCUCAGGCAGGAGCCCAACCAGGGGGCCAGCGUGGCGGCCAACAAGGAGGUCAGCGCGGAGGACAGGGUAAAGGCAAGGGAGCCCAGGGCAAAGGAAAGGGUGCACAAGGGAAAGCUACCAGAGGUGAGGGAGCUGGAGCCCAGGCUCCGGGCAAGGCACCAGGUGCGGCGGCCCCUGCCUCGAACGACGACGAUGAGGAGUAG